CAGAGUUGCAAAUGAAAGAUUAUCAUGACAUAUGAAUCAUCUUCAAAGAAAAGAAAGUAGAAUAUAGAUUCUCUUUCCAUGCCAAAUUUAUGCACCAAGAGGAUAAAAUUAAUAAUUAAAAAAGCCAGAAAAAGAAAAAAAGAAAAAAAGAGAAAGGGGGAGAAACAAAAUCUAAAAACGAUGUACUCUCUCUCUCUCUCUCUCUCCGCAUUAUAUUUGCUUUAAUAAUAAAAAGUAGCUAUUUCUUGGAAAACCCAUACAAAAUCCCUUUUUAUCCUUCUAUUUUCUCUCUCAUUUUGCUUCCCCAUUUUUGAAUUAGGGUUUCGUUCUGCUCUUUCUAUCACUUGCAAAACCUUUAAACCCUAAUCACUCCCGAUCCCUUCCAACUAGCCGUUACUUCCUUUUUUCCCGCCAUUUUUAGCUUCCUCCUGGACGUUGAUUAUCUUUAUUUCAAAUACUAGCCGUUAGAUCUGUCCCCUCUGCUGCCAUUUCUUUUUUUUUUUUUGGUUCUAUUUUAUUAUUAUUAUUUUCUGUUAAAAUUUCAAGAGGGGGCGGAAAUGUCGGCGGUUGAAGAGGACAAGAAGGGGGACGAGGAGAAUGAGGUAGCAGCAGCUGAGAAAGGAGGUGAGCUAUUGUUCUGUGGUGCCACGUGUUGGGACAUCAUUGGUCGUAAAAAAGGUGCUCAAGAAGGUAAUCUAAUCUCUCCUACUCGCCUCCGUCCUCUCGUCGGCGUCGACAUUCGCUUCGUUGCCUCCGGCUGCUCAUCAUGUCAUUGCGUGGCGCUAGAUGUUGAAGGGCGUUGCUAUACAUGGGGCCGAAAUGAGAAGGGGCAAUUAGGUCAUGGAGACAGAAUCCAGCGUGAUAGACCAACAGUUGUUUCUGAACUUUCCAAGUAUAAAAUUAUUAGAGCUGGAGCAGGGAGGAGCCACACAGUGGUGGUCACUGAAGAUGGUCUAUCCCUAGCAUUUGGCUGGAAUAAACAUGGACAGCUCGGUUCUGGUUCUGCAAAAUCUGAAGUUGAAUCAUCUCCUGUUCGAUGUCUCGUGUCUGAUGUCAAGAAUACUGCUUGCGGAGCUGAGUUCACAGUUUGGUUAUCAUCUGUUGAAGGAGCUUCUAUAUUAACUGCUGGCCUUCCACAGUAUGGUCAGCUUGGACAUGGAACAGACAAUGAGUACAAUACUAAAGAUAGCUCAGUCAGGCUUGCUUAUGAAGCCCAACCACGCCCUAGAGCGAUAGCUUCUCUUUCUGGGGAAACUAUUGUAAAAGUUGCAUGUGGAACAAAUCAUACAGUGGCUGUGGAUUCAAAUGGCUAUGUUUAUACGUGGGGCUUUGGUGGUUAUGGAAGGCUUGGCCAUAGAGAGCAAAAGGAUGAGUGGGUUCCUCGUCGUGUGGACGUCUUCCAAAGGCACAAUGUUCUACCUCCUGAUGCUGUUGUUUCAGCUGGUUCUGUGAACUCUUCAUGUACUGCAGGAGGUGGACAGUUAUAUAUGUGGGGCAAAAUAAAAAAUACUGGUGAUGACUGGAUGUACCCUAAACCUCUGAUGGAUUUGAGUGGUUGGAACUUACGAUGCAUGGAUUCUGGCAACAUGCACCAUUUUGUUGGUGCUGAUAACUCCUGCAUAAGUUGGGGGCAUGCUCAGUAUGGUGAAUUGGGAUAUGGUCCUAAUGCACAGAAAUCUUCAGCAGUACCAAAGAAGGUAGAUAUUCUUGAGGGCAUGCACGUUAUUGGUGUUGCAUGUGGUAUGGGCCAUUCCAUGGUUAUAGUUGAUAGAGCAAAUGUAGACGACAGACUUGAACAGAGACACUUGGAGACUCAUCUUAGCUGGUGCAUUUUGGUAUUCACAUCUAUGUUUUUGUCUUCUCACAGCUGGAUAUCUAUGAUGGCAAAGCUUCUGGUGAAGGGAGUGAGGAACCCGAGAACAAGGCUCCAGCUGCUAAGCAAAAUGCAAAGAAAGCUGCUGCUAGAUCUUCUAAUAAUUCAAAAAAGAGAAAGAAAUCUAAAGACUCGUCAGAAUCAGAAGAAGAAGAAAUUAGCGAUGAUGAAAGUGAGAAUAGCGAAGGACAGGUGAAUGGCCAGAUGCGAAAAGGUAAACGCUGUGAAAAGGCAAGUGGGGGUGCUGGUCGUGGUCGGGGCCGCUCUACUCCUGCAACAAACAGAAGUACAAAUUCUUCGCAAGCGAAAGGUGGCAAGAGAGGAAGGCCACGGAAGACGUGAGCUUGCACGCACGUUCUCAAACUGAAAACGGAAAUUUUUUGUUCUCUAUUGUAGGGAAAGUCUUGUAUCAUUUUCAUACAUUGUCAACUGGAUUUGCAUUAUUUCAAUUGUACUCGACUAGAUUUUCAAUCCUCCCUUCUCUUCCCACCUUAUGCUUUCUUUUGAGGGAAACCAUUUUCCUGGAUGAGUGCAUUGAUUUCUUUGGAGUUUCUAGGGGAGCCGAGAAAUGUUCCGAGGGGUAGCUUGUACUAUUUUCUAUCAAAAUGAAAAUUUAUCAUUUUAUUCGACUGUA